AUGCAUGCAGAAUUAGAAAAUCUAUAUGGUCUGUUCUAUUGCCUCCCAUUGGAUGACAGCGGCGUUCCUGCAUAGUUGCAAGAGGCGCAUCGCAACAGCCUGCAGAGCUAGUUUGGACGCACGCAUCCGGAGCAGUAAUCGUAUGAGUGGAGCAUUUACCGUUCUCCAUUUUCAUUUUGGAAACUUCUAACAAGAUAGCCUACUGGAAAAUGGAUUGUUCCGAAGAAGUACAGUCGCUUUCGGAUGAAGCCAGCACUCCAAUUGAAUUAAAGAAAGGAAUGUCCAUUUUUCUUGAUAUUUUAAGAAGAGCGGAUAAAAAUGAUGAUGGCAAGCUGUCCUUUGAAGAGUUCAAAGCCUACUUCUCGGAUGGCGUUCUGACUGUGGAUGAGCUUCAGGAGCUCUUCCACACCAUAGACACCCACAACACAGAUAACGUGGACACGGAUGAGCUCUGUGAAUACUUCUCUCAGCACCUCAGUGAAUAUGAAAAUGUCUUGGCUGCCCUGGAGGACCUGAACACUUCCAUAUUGAAGGCCAUGGACAAAACGAAGAAGGACUACCAGGAAGCCACCCACCUGGAGCAGUUUGUGACCCGUUUCCUGUUGAAAGAGACCACCAAUCAGCUUCACUCGCUGCAGAGUUCCCUGGAGUGCGCCAUGGAGACCACGGCCGAGCAGACGCGUCAGGAGAGACAAGGUCCAAUGAAGCCAGAGGUGUUGACGAUCCAGUGGUCUGGGAGGCGUUCCAAUCGAAGACUUCAAAGGAAUAACAGCCUGUCUCCCAACAACCCUCUCCUCAGCCUGGUCAACUCAGGUGUGUAUGAUGAGGAUAAUCAAUGGAUGACACAGGUCAAUAGACUGCAGAAGCUUAUUGACCGUCUAGAAAAGAAGGAGCUUCGUCUGGAGCCUGUGGAAGAGGAGGUCUUGGAGAGCACCACCAAAUCACACAUCCUGAUCGUCCAGAGGCAGCUGUCGGUGCUGGAGGAGGACCUGGAGGAGUUCCGCCUGGCACUCAGACAGUACAUGCAGUGUGCUUGCGCCCAGACCGGCUGCCUACAUGUCGCAGUGCAGCGGCUCGCGAAUGAGUCACGCUUCAUCCUCUAUGAAUUCUGGGAGCACAACAACGUUUGGAAGAAUCACCUACAGACAAACUACAGUAAGACCUUCCAGAGGGGCAACGUGGAUUUCCUGGAGACCCCUGAAAUGAUGACCACCAUGCUGGUUCCUGCUUCCUGGUGGGUCCUGAACAACAACUGAGAAGGGUCUACCUUCCAGAUGUGGACAGCCUUUAUCGAACUUGGGACUCAUCAGAAUUGUAGUUUGAGAAGUCUACCAUUUAACCUAGUCAUCAGGAGGGGAAGUGCACCUCCACACUCACACUCUAUUGUCACCUUGUUACCGUGACGUCAUGGUGAAUAGUUCAAUCUCCUAGUCAGGAAAUCUCCAUGUUCUUUCAUUCUUAGUGUCGUAGUGGUCGUGUUUGCACUCCUAUGUGUUUCGACGUUUCUAAAGCAAUGACCCCAUUGAAACCAGCUCAAUGGCAAUCUGACAAAUGACAUCUUCACUGUGUUGACAUGUGACAUCUUCAGCAGUGGAUCAGCCAUUUCGUAGCGGAUGUAUGAGCCAGACGUACAGUGUGUGUGCGUGUCUGUGUGUGUUUGAGUUAGCGCUUGAGUUGAGUAUAUGAUAGAGACAUGUCAUAUACUUGUGUAGCAGGUGUUGGGAGGAUAAACUAAGUCUAUCUUUAUGACAAUUCUACCUGUUGUAUUUUAAUGUCUAUAAAACUGUAGUUGAGAUGUGUCUAAAAUAAAGAUAUGUUGUUUUCUGUC